AUGCACGACCCGCCUCCCCCGGCUGGCGUGCACCCCCAUCCCCUCCUGACCCAUCCUCCUCCCCCGCCUGGCCACCCAGCUCACCUGAACGGUGGAGUACCUAUCCCGACGACUCCAGGCGGGCUUUCGAAUGGCUCGGCACACGGCCCCCCACAUCCCCCGUCUGCGCAUAUCGUUUCACCGGCCGUAGUUCCGAAUGCGCCGCCGUCCAAUGGGGUAGCACCGAAACCAAGUAGCGUCAUCCACCAGCUUGCGGUGGCGAACGAACAAACUUGGCUGUUAAUUGGGCGUGUGGCGGAGCAAAUGAACGACCUUGAACAUGCCAUCAGCGCCUACGAGAAUGCAUUGCGGCACAAUCCGAUGUCCCUGCCAGGGCUGACCCAAGUAGCCGGUAUCGCUCGGAUCAAAGAAAACUACCCAAAGGCAAUUGAAUACUUCCAACGAGUAAUCUCGAUGCAGGAAGAUAACGGCGAAGUGUGGAGCGCACUCGGCCACUGCUAUUUGAUGCAGGACGAUCUGCAGAAGGCAUACGCCGCAUACCAGCAGGCGCUCUACCUCCUGCCGAAUCCGAAGGCAAGCUCUUGUUCUUUACACUCUGAUCCCAAACUCUGGUACGGGAUCGGCAUUUUGUACGACCGCUACGGUUCCCUCGACCACGCAGAAGAGGCCUUCGCCUCCGUGCUCAAGAUGGAGAAAGAUUUGGACUUUGACAAGGCCAACGAGAUACUCUUCCGCCUCGGCAUAAUCUACAAGCAACAGGGCAAAUACGACGAGAGCCUGGGUUGCUUCGAUCGCAUCCUUCGAAACCCUCCCAUUCCUCUAGCACACGCCGACAUAUGGUUCCAAAUCGGCCACGUCUAUGAACAGCAAAAAGAUCAUGUUCGUGCUAAGGACGCUUACGAACGCGUCGUCGCCGAUAACCCCGGACAUGCAAAGGUCCUCCAACAGCUCGGGUGGCUUUACCACCAGGAUGGGUCCUCUUUCCAAAAUCAGGAACUGGCCGUCCAGUACUUAACCAAGAGUCUCGAAGCCGAUCCCUCGGACGCUCAGAGCUGGUAUCUGUUGGGUCGGGCCUAUAUGGCUGGCCAGAAGUACAACAAGGCGUACGAGGCUUAUCAGCAGGCCGUAUAUCGCGACGGACGCAACCCCACUUUCUGGUGCUCUAUUGGUGUCUUGUACUUUCAAAUUAACCAGUUCAGAGAUGCGUUGGACGCCUACUCUCGAGCAAUCCGCAUCAACCCGUACAUUUCCGAGGUCUGGUUUGAUCUGGGUAGCCUCUAUGAAAGCUGCAACAACCAGAUCUCUGACGCUAUCGACGCAUACGCCCGAGCCAGCGAGUUGGACCCUAGUAAUCCUCUAAUUGCUCAGCGCCUCCAGCUCCUGAAGAAUGCACAGGCAACUGGCGGCCAGUUGCCAGCAGCACCGGGUCCACAAGAUGUCCAUCCGACUGCUUAUGCCAGCGCUGUCGUCCCUCCUCCUGGU